AUCUGAAAGUGGUUUUGGAGCUUCCUCAGCUCUUUUCUCUUUUUCUGGAUCUCUGGCUUCGUCGGUGUUCGUCUUGAUCACGUUAUUGUGUUCUUCUUCUUCGUUGACUCAGUGCUUAGUUACAGUCUCUCUAUUUCUUCCUCUCUCUGGUUUUCUCUGAUUUGAUCGUUGUUAUGGAUACUAGCUAUGUUGUCAAGUUUAUUUAUUCUGGUGAAGCAGCGACAGUUCCAUUGUUGCAUAAUUGGUCGUUUGUUGACCUAUGCAAUUCCAUACGCUCUCGUUUUCCGGAUUUGAUUCAAGGCAAUUUCAUGUUGAGAAGAGUAAGAUGAUGGGAUCCAAGGUUGUCAAGUCUAUUGUGCUUGAUAAGAUUCGUGUCAAUCCAAACAAAAAUCCAAUUGAUAUAGCUGAUGAGAUCAAGAGUGAUUAUGGUUUGGAUGUUGCUUAUCGUACAGUUUGGUAUGGUACGGAGUUGGCAAAAACAGCCCUACAUGGUGAUGAAGCUGAGUCUUAUGCUCAGCUACUUUGGUUCAGUGAGUCUGUUAUGAAGUCAAACCCCGACUCUAGGAUAGUGGUUGAGUUUCAUCGAGAAACACACAGGUUUCAGCGUAUGUUUGUGAGCUAUGGUGCAUGGAUGAAGGGUUUUCAAUCUUGUAGACCUAUUCUUUUCAUUGAUGCUACAUUCAUCACCAACAAGUACAAGGGGCAGAUUAUUGCUGCAUCGGCAAAGGAUGCCAAUCAAGGCUUGUAUCCAGUUGCUUAUGCUAUUGUGGAUUCUGAAAAUGAGAGUAAUUGGAGAUUUUUUCUUGAGGUUUUGGCUGAAGAGUUUGCAAAACACCCUAUGAGGAGGGUGACAUUCAUUUCUGAUCGUCAUGUUGGGCUUGUUAGUGCUUUCCCUAGAGUGUUUCCUAAUAAUCCACAUGGGUUUUGUUUUAGACACCUGAUGUCUAACCUUUCUGACAAAUUUCCAGCUGGAUCUUACCUCAAGGAUCGGAUUCCUUACUUGUUUAUGUGUUGUGCUUAUUCUCGCACACCGGAGAUGUAUGAGUUCAACAUAGAAAUCUUGAGGAGUGAAGGCGGGGACAUAGUUGCUCAAUUUCUGGAGGAUCUUCCCAAGGAGAACUGGUGUAUGGCUUACUUUAAUGGUGAAAGAUUUGGUGAAAUGACAAAUAACUUGGCUGAGUCUUUCAAUAAUUGGGUGUUGCCUUUGAAGAGUCUUCCUAUUCUUGAUAUUAAUGAUGGCAUUAGAGUGAAGUCCAUGGCUUCAAUUGCUGCUCGGAAGCAGGAUGCUCAUGAAUGGUUGUCUGAGUUGUGCCCAGUGAUUGAAAAGAAGCUGAAGGACAAUUUGGAAGUCGGAAGGCAUUGGAGAGUGAGCAGGUCUGAUACCUAUGUGUAUGAAGUUCACUGCCAGAAGUACAAUAGCAUGGUAAAUUUGGAAACUCGGUUUUGUUCGUGUGGAGAAUGGCAGCUGUAUGGCUUCCCAUGUUCCCAUGCACUUGUAGUGAUCCAACAACAUGGUUCUUCCCCGUAUUUGUAUGUCAAUGAGCUGUACAAGGUGGAUAAAUAUCGAGAAACUUAUUCUUUCCCAAUUAAUCCUCUUCCCUCUAUUUCGAAGCAAGUGCAUGAUUUUGGUAGAGAUGCGGUGAUCUUGCAGCCGCCUUUGACUAGAAGACCACCGGGAAGGCCUAGAAAGAAGAGGUUCAGAAAAAGGAGCGAGAAAACCAGGGUGAUCAAGUGUGGUAGGUGUGGAAAAUGUGAUGGUCACAACAGAAAGAGUUGUACAGCUCCGAUAUAGGUUCAAUUCUGCCUACAUGCCUUUAACAGUGACAUGGCAAGUGACAUAGCAAGUGACUCCAAUACAGUUUGAAUAUUUGUUUUGAUUUUUCAUUUUUUUCAAUAAAUGAUAAGAAGUGCUUUUAAGGUGCUUACUCAUU